GUUCUCAGCCUCAGCUCACAUAGGGGUGGGGGGAGCGAGACUCGAGACAUCAGCCAUUCCGCCGCUGCUGCCGCCCAGAGACAGUCACACAGAGACAGAGAGAGACAUUCCCUCACUACUACUGCCAUACUGAGAGACAUUCUCUCACCACGGCUGCUGCUUCCAGAGACAGGGAGAGAGAUUCCCUCACCACUGCUACUGCUGCAGCCGAGACCUCCAGACACACUCCGCUGCAGAGACCCCAGAGAGAGCCAGCACCACAGAGCCAACUACCACAGGUUGUUGAUUCUCUCAUGGAAGAUACAGAGUCAUCCGACUUCCUGUCCUCUUACGAUUCCCUUAAUUCGGGCAGUAGUGCCGCCACCACUGACCGGGAGGACAGAAGCUACAUAGAUUUCGAUGUCGUCUUCUCCGAUGGCUUGGACGAAGCUAGCAAAGUGGAGGAGGACUUUGAGAACGUGAGCAUGAUCCCAAAUUCCAGGCUGAGCAGUGCGGACCACCCGGUCUUAAUACGCUUGGAGAAUGAGUACCAGGCCAGGAGAACCUUUUGGCACCAACGUCCGGGACAGUAUUACAGGUACCUCCAAGAGAUGGAGGGAAGGGGUGCGUGCGCUAACCAGAACUACCGCGGAAGUGGUGGUUCUGAACUUAGUAGCAGAAAACAAGACAAACCACACAAGAACUUUUUGCGCACGGAGGACACUAAGCUGGAAUCCCCGCAAGGACUCAAAAGGCAGCGGGCACAGGAGGCAAAGUUGUCUUCAAGUUUGUGGGGGGAGAGUGAAGAACAGAGCCUUCCAGUCUCUGAAGGAGACCGAAUAUUUGCUCAAAAGUGUCAUGAACUGCAGGGAUUCAUAAAGCCGCUGACGGAACUGCUGAACGGGCUGAAACGGGGAAGAUAUGAUAGAGGAUUAAGCAGUUUCCAACAGAGUGUAGCAAUGGAUCGGAUACAGAGGAUUGUCGGAGUUCUCCAAAAGCCAGAGAUGGGGGAGCGGUAUCUGGGCACUUUGCUGCAAGUGGAAAUGAUGUUGAAGAUUUGGUUCCCGAGUGUCGCCAGCUCGUCAUCUUCUCCUUCUUCCUCCGAUGAUGAUAUGGAGGAACCCCAGUAUAAAAUGGCCAAGCAUUCAGAUGUUGUCUCUAAAGAGAAGGAAAGCUUCCAGUUAACGAAAACUUCUUUACCGAGCAGCCAGUCGACAGAGAAAGCAUCAGAAGGUCCUGCCGUGGCUCAGCUGCAAACGGAAUGCAUCUGUUGCAAUGAGAGGAUUCCGGUUUUGGCAGACUGGCCAGCCGUGAACCUGACCUGGAUGCACACUGCACCCAUCUGUAACCCUGCCCUCAGCCAGGUGGACCUGCGACAAAUCAGAUCACUCAACCAGGAUUUGCUUAUGUCAAAAGCCAGCAGCUGUGGCAUCAUUUUCUUUGUGCAGAACAAUCCGGCCUCUCCGUCUCCGUCUGUAGUGCAAAAAGAGAAACUUGUCCCUCAUCCUUGCAGAAAGGAGCGUCCUCUUCGCAGCCAGAGUGCUCCAGCCGUCAUUCUCCGUGAGCAACAUCAUCUUGAGACCAAGGUCAAUUCUCAUUCACUCCCUCACCUUCCAACAUGUUCUCAGAGACCUGUAGGAGAGAAUACUUAGACUGUGACUCCCGUGUGGUAAUAACACUCUCCGUCAACAUCAUCCAUAUUGCCCAGUCUGGGAAACGGGGAAGUACCCACUCUUCGAGGCAAGGGGAGGAAACAAGAGCUGGAUGUGACGCGUUUCGCCGUUUUAUGUGAGGCAUCUUCCAUGGAGGCUCUAGGACUUUCUAGGACUUUAUCCUUUAACAUUGAGGGUCAGAGCUGGGUUCCAAAGACUUACAAAACAACAAGAUGACUGUUCCCAGUCAUAAGACAUCUGGAAGACCAGCAAUAUUUCAUAUACCCUUCAAUGUCUUCACAAGAACUUAUCCCACAGCUAUUUGUCUAAUCCAUCAUUGUCCACAGACAAUCCAUUUUCAUAUAUUACCUGAUCUCCCUUUUUAGCCUGUAUCCUAGGAGCACAUGCUUAUAGUAAUUACAAAACACGAUGCAGCAUGAUGUGUGAAUGGGGCUAUAUAGGUGGACUCGUCACCUGUAUCAGCCUUUAGUGGGCCAGACAAGUACUAGUCAGAACGAAGCCUGCCCGUUGACUAGGUUCUAGUAAUGUGGAGGCUUGAGGCACAAGGUGAUGUCACUAGGUUUGUGUCAUGAUGCAGCUACUAACAUGAUCCUCUAAAUAUUGACUCUGCCUCCUACAAAAAGUCUUACUUCAAUGUAGGUGAUGGGUCAUGAAUGUGGGAACUUCUCACCUCCAUUCCAAGCGGAGUGUUGCGUACCACAGUCCUGAAUAUGCAGACUCCCAAAGAUUUCCCCAUACGCCACUGGAUUCUGCUAACAGUGAUGGAGCCCAUAUUUCUGUAGAUUGCAGGACAGGACAAGUGCUGUUACCCGUGGCUCUAAGAUUACCUGUUGGUUGAAUCCAUCUGCUGGGGUGCUCAACCCAGCAAGUGGCAAUUCAUUUGGUGGUGAGGACUAAAUAAUUUAAAUUUGGGUGUCUGCAUAGGGCGAAUGGUUGUUUAUCAAGGUGGCGGAGAUUGAGUGCAUUAACACAAGUCCUCGUUAUUAAUUAACUAAUGGUUCUUGAAUAGCGCUGAUGUCCUUGGUGUGAUUGGAUGGGUUUGCAGAGUGAUGGGGUGGUGGUUGUUUCCCCCCCCCCCCCCCCCCCCUGUGGUUAAUUCUUAAAGUGGUAUUCACAUGAAAAUGAGACAUGCGUAUGUUGUUGUAACCUAAAUCACUGGACAUUCUUGGUGAUUGCCAUUUGUCCUUGGUUGGUUUAUUCAUUAAUGAUGUAUGUGACUACCACAACAAUGACAGUCACAUGGCACAUGAUGCAAGGCUUUAGAAUGCCCCCUGACCUCAGCGUACACUAGAAAUUUUUGUCUCUCUAUACUGUGUCUGUCUGUCCCUGGCAGCUAUAUUGGUUUCCUUCCAGAGAGAUUUUGAAAAAGAAAAACUGUAAGGAGAACAUGCCCAAAAUGAACAUUGUUGUGGUUGCGGUGCCAUUUCUGGGGGUUUGUUUUUUUAUUUUAUUUUUUAUUUUUUUAUUUUGAGUUUCUGUGGUAAAGAAAUCAAAGCAGAAGGAGGACAGGCUGGUCCUUUUCCUACCAUUUCCAGAAACUGUUGGUGAAGUUUUACCAGAGCCUAAGAGGAUAAUGAAUUUUCUUUUUUUUCCCUAAGGAAUAAAUUGGUCAAUAAAUUAUCAAUUUCAA